GCAAGGCACGUGAAGCAAUUCCAACAGAAGUUAGUUCAGUUGGUCAAAUAAAAGAUGCGUUGAGAAAUAGAAUAAAGCCAGACAACUCGAAAGUUGUAGCUGGGAAAAUUGCAUCUUUGCAUGUCAUAAACAACAAUUAUACGGAAUUUGCUAAGCGUGUCGAGGAGCUUUCGGAUGCUUUAGAGCGCUCUUUGAUCAUUGAAGGUAUGACACAGUCUAAGGCUCAUGAAAUGGCAGUCGAGCAAACAGUAAAGGUUUGUAGACUCAAUACUCGGUCGGGUUUGGUCAAAUCAAUUUUAUCGUCAACUACCUUCAGUGAUUCAAAGGACGUAGUGGCAAAAAUGAUAGUCGAACAAAAUAAUCAAGUGAAAGAGCGGUACAAUAAUAACGCUGAUAACAGUAGGUACAGCAAUAACGGUUCAAGGCAUAACGGUAACAAUUUCAACAAUAAUAGGAAUCGGUCAUCAAACAACAAUCGAAACAAUAACAGCAACAAUAAUAGUAAUAGAGGUCCAAAUUCACGCAGUAAUGCUAAUGUGCGCGCUUUAAACGCCCACGCCCCUCAGGAGCGAACACUGAGGGCGGAAGAAAUGGACAACUAA